AUGGAGGACGAGGCAGUACUGGAUAGAGGGGCUUCCUUCCUUAAACAUGUAUGUGAUGAAGAAGAAGUGGAAGGUCACCACACGAUUUACAUUGGGGUCCACGUGCCGAAGAGCUACAGGAGGAGGAGACGUCACAGAAGAAAACCUGGGCACAAAGAAAAGAAAGAGAAGGAGAAAAUCUCGGAGAACUACUCAGACAAAUCAGAUGUGGAAAAUGCUGAUGAGACGAGCAGCAGCAUCCUUAAACCACUCAUCUCCCCUGCUGCUGAACGCAUCCGCUUCAUCCUGGGAGAGGAAGAUGACAGCCCAGCGCCACCGCAGCUCUUCACGGAGCUGGAUGAGCUUCUGGCCAUCGAUGGACAGGAGAUGGAGUGGAAGGAGACUGCAAGGUGG